CUAUCAGUGUACAGUGGGUACAAAAAGUAUUGAGACCCCCUUAAAAUGUUCACUCUUUGUUAUAUUGCAGCCAAUUACUAAAAUCAUUUAAGAUCUUUUUUCUUUUAAAUUAAAAAAUAAAAACUGAAAUAUCACAUGGUCAUAAGUAUUCAGACUUGUCUGUGACACCCAUAUUUAACUAAGGUGCUGUCCAUUUCUUCUGAUCAUCCUUGAGAUUGUUCUACACCUUCAUUUGAGUCCAGCUUUGUUUGCAUACUGAUUGGACUUGAUUAGGAAAGCCACACUACAGCUCACAGUGCAUGUCAGAGCAAAUGACAAUCAAAGCAACUGCCUGAAGAGCUCAGUGGCAGAAUUGUGGCAGGGCACAGAUCUGGCCAAGGUUACAAAACCAUUUCUGCUGCACGUAAGGUACCUAAAUGCACACAAUGGCCUCCAUAAUCCUUAAACGGAAGACGUUUGGGAUGACCAUGACUCUUCCUAGAGCUGGCUGUCUGGCCAAACUGUGAUGUUGGCGAGAAGAGCCUCUGAGAGAGAGACGAAGAAGAACCCAAAGAUCACCGUGGCUGAGGAGAAAGUUGCAGAAAGUCAACCAUCACUGCACCCCUCCACCAGUCGGGGCUUAAUGGCCGUGCCCCAACUCCUCAGUGAAAGAGACAUGAAAGCCUGCAUGGAGCUUGCUAAAAAACAACUGAAGGACCCCAAGAUGGUGAGAAAUAAGAUUCUGUGGUCUGAUGAGACAAAAUUAGAACAUUUUGGCCUCAAUUCAAAGUUGUAUGUGUGGCCGUCAGACUGGGUCAAAGGUUCACCUUGCAACAAGACAAUGAUCUUAAGCACAGCUAAAAUAACAGUGGCUUCAUAACAACUCCAUGACCCAGCCAGAGUCCCAACUUAAACUUAAUUGAGCAUCUCUGGACAAACCUGAAAAUGACUGUCCACCAACAUUUACCAUCCAACCUGACAGAACUGGAAAGGAUCCCCAAAUCCAGGUGUGAAAAACCUGUUGCAUCAUUCCCAAAAAGACUCAUGGCUGUAUUAGCUCAAAAGGGUGCUUCUACUAAACACUGAGCAAAGGGUCUCAAUAUGUAUGACCAUGUGAUAUUUGAGUUUUUCUUUAAUAAAUCUGCAAAAAAUGUCCGUAAUUCUGUUUUUCUGUCAAUAUUGGGUGCUGUGUGUACAUUAAUAAGAAAAAAAUGAGAGCAAAUGAUUUUAGCAAAUGGCUGCAAUUUUGAAAAAUUUAAGGGAGGCUGAAUACUUUCCGCACCUACUGUAUGUCUUUCUUUUGGCCGUCUAUCUUUCUCACUUUCUCACAGCUGUACUAAGGAGAGCUCUCCAGUACUACACCUAUCUUAAAAGUAAAUCACUAAGUGUGAGUGUGUUUGCAUAAGGCAAGGUACACUUAAAAUAAAAAUAAUAAUGUAAAAACAUGGAACAAAGCCAGAAGUCCCAUCUUACCAUGGGUCUUUACACCAGGUAUUGGUUGGCUAUUUGGCUGGCUCUCAUUGUGCUGUAUAUUGCACACUACUUUUUGCCACUACAGCCUUAAGAUAUGUGUAAAUAAAUUGUGCUAGUGUAGAUAUAACAUUUUUAGAUUAGAUUUGUUAUGAUAGCCUUACAGAAAGCAGGAAAUGCUCCCUUUGCACCUAUCAAAAGUUCCUUAAUGUCAAAGUCAGCACUAUUACUGUACACUGAAAGAAUAUUUCAGUUUAAAUAGUAUUUAAAUCAACUGUCAGUGUCUGGAACUGCUGGUGCAACCAGUAUGGCACGUUUAUGGCAGAGUAAGUCCGUCUAAGUUUCUAUACAACAUCUGCUACUGUACCUGUACCUUCUUGUUGUAGUGGUAAACCAUACAGUAAAACGUGAGCAGUUUCGAAACCAUCUACUGGACUUUACUGAUCUUGUACUUUGCAUUUGUUGCCAAAGCCCCAUUUUGGGGUUGUGCCCUAGAAUUGCAUUAUUGGUGCUAGAAAUGGGGCUGGGUACUGCAUUUACACCCCUUGAAGAACAGCAGAAGGGACAGAUGCUCUGUCUGUCUGUACAGGGGUUCCAAUUUUGCAUUAAUCUACAGUUUACAUUUCAAGCCUGUAUUGAAAUUUUGAUUUUAGGACAGUAGUCAACAAAAAGGCAGGUUCUAACCAUAUGUGUUCAAUUUUAAUAAGACAGAACAACUAUGACAGCAGUGUUUCCAUAAAGGUUUUAUUGAAAUGCUAUGUAUAAACAAAUACUUACAGAGAACAGUAUUGGUUUUCUUGACUUUACUUUUCUUCUUUCCAGGUCAAUAAUUUUGUGGUGUUUGAGGGCUUCUUUCUCAACCGAGCAGGCUCACCGUCCUCUCUUAUGGCUCAGGGGAUGUACAGCUUUUUCAGCCCAGCUGAGAAAGGUUCCCCUAAAAAAGACGGAUGGAGAGAUCAAACCCUACUCUUUACUGGAAAGAGAAGGUAAACACUUGUCGGUGCGUCAGGAGCAGAGGGCACUUCCGUGGCCAUUUGCUCCUCCUCACUCCCCCCAGCUGUUGGUAUCCUCCCAGUUCUCCCACCCCCAGAGUACAGCGUCCUCCCCCAGCAAGGCUGCCACUCGAUCGGACCCAGCGUCUGCCCUUGGGAGCAGCAGGGAGCAGAGCCCACAGUCCCCGUUAAUCGAGCGCUGCAGGGCAAGACGCACCAACCAACGGUGUCUAGUUGCCAAAUGCGUCCUCUACAGUCGACACAUGGACAGCAGAGAUGUUGGGCCGAUGGAGGGACACUUGCCAGGUGUGAGACCAGUGGGGGAUAAGUCACACACAGACACACACAGCUUGUCCAGUACUCAUACACUACAAAGCAGGUCCCAGGCGCUUUUACCUUUGUCUGCAUCCAAGGAUGGCAUUCGCAGCCUGACAUUUCUGAGCAGCAAAGACACACAUCUGGAUACAAAAUCUAAACACAGUUGUUCUAAAGGGGUGACACAGCCUCUAGCAGGAAACAUGUUUGUUAACCAGAGAGUAAUGGAGCGGAAGAGCCAGACAAGCCAACAAGGCUGGUCGUGGACUGUAGGAGAGAACUGCUGCACUGCCCAGUCUGUGAAGCAAAAACAGGAAUACAGAGGCACCAGGCCCUGGUGAUCUGGAACGUUACUGACUGCUUGGUAUGGAAUUCUAUCAAGGUAAAUCAGUAAUAAAUACAAUGAUUGAUCUUUAACUUCUGUUUUAGUCCAAUUAUUUCAUUGUUAAAAAAUAAUUUCAUCACUUUUGGCGAGGCAUUAAUUUGUGGCAUCGCAUAUGGAAACUACAAAAACACAAAUGGUCUAUUUUUUUUUGUUGUUCUUUUGAGCCACAAUUCAAAAGCGAUGUCUGAUUUUCAUUGGUUAAUUCUUAGUCAUUUUUAUUUAUUACUUGUGUUACUUUCUAGAUACUUCCAUGACCAUUGUGGGUUUUUCUUUUCAUUAUGACAUAGAACCACAAAUUUUGCCCACAUGUGUAACUCAGAGAUCAACAGACUAAACUACUAGAAAGACAGUGGUUUGAACACAUGAAACCUACAUAUCAUAAAAGACACAGUUUACACUAAAAAGAACCUUGAGUUGCUUGAAUCACAAAUGCUAAACCAGUGACAUUCAGGUCUCCCCAUAAAAGCAAGGCACCGGGUCAAGAAGCAAUUAGCAUUGAAUUUAUAUUGUUUUCUUUUAUAUCAGUAAAUCCACUCUUUGAAAUGAUUUGUUAGCCUUUUGGCCUCUGGUCGAUCCUGUCUUUCUAAUGAAAACUAAUAUUUCAUUAGUGCAAAGCAGAAAACUUACAGAGUGUGGUGGGAAUGUGGUUGAAUUAACUUUAUCUUAUUAAUAGAACAGAUUAAUUACUAUGGCUCCUUUUCUGGUUAUAAAAUCAGCUCAGAGUCCUUUUCAAACGAGCCCUCCCCAACUUUUCAACCCAUACUACCUACUAAAAAGCUUUAUAAGGCUCAGGGAGGACAACAGACAAGGCCCAAGGUAGAACAGACGGACACUCUUGGUGCUGAUGCCCUCGGGUCAUGGCAUCCAAGUCUGUCUGGAGAGGCAGCUCAAGAUCAUACAUAGGCCAUAUGUUUCUCCUAAAGCUAAAAUGCUUAAAUGUAAAGCUACAAGAUUUUUCUUGUGGGUCUGCUCCCUUGUCAGCAAGUCUGGAUUUCAACUGCUCUGCAAUUGAACAUGUCAACUAUAUCUUGUGUCAGCAAGGGCGUGUCUGCUGGGAUUAUAGGAUAGUUAAUAAAGACUCAGGACUUUAAUAAAGACUGAUACUGUGCCUAUAAAGGUUAGGGUUAUGGCUGUAUAAUGAAGCGCAGCUCAGUCAGUGGCAGCAAACAGUGACAGGUAUUAUCCCAUUUGAAAUUUGUUCCUCACAACAUUGUGUCAUUUAUAGUUGUUGGUAUAAUUUUGUUUAAAUCUUUACUCAGUGACCAACAUACUGUAUAUGUUUGUAAGAUAAGUUAAUAGAACUUAUUAAGUUAAUAAAAAGAGAAGACACUGAC